UCUAUAGGCAAAAAGUGUAUUGAAAGGUGUCAUCGAAGGGACGUGCAUCAGGUGCUGCGAACUCCCGUCAGAAUUUUGGUUUCGAAUCAGGGAAAUUACACGACCUCUUCUAAUACACACAGAACUAAUAUCGGCCACCUUUAGGCUGUCUGUCAUGAACAUACCGCGACCAUCCCUAAGAAGAAACACCUCCUUACAGACGGCUCUGACAGGAAGGGGCAAGCAAUGACUAGUUGAUCUCUACGAUACCAGCCCUCACAAACGACGUGAGAACGUAAUCGCUUUGCACCACCUCUUCGACACGAACAACAGCUUCCUUUCCAUUUCCUCUUCGUUGAGGAAUGCUAUUUUCCGCAGCACCUCCACUGACCAGAGCCUCAGGCAUUAGAAGCUCGUGCGCGUGCACGAGUAACGGCGGAGUCCCCGUAGGCAUUUUAUUGUUUCCCUCACUCAAAUCCCGCUCGCCUUGUACCCGAUGAUGCCAUCCGCCGCAGAACUCUGAGCUGCGUUCACAGCACGACUUCAAAUUCAGGGAAUUCGCCUGUCGUGUUGCGCUGGUUGACGGCGUUUCAACAAAUGGACCCGCGGUGUUCCCAGAUUCCAGAGUCCCGUAACGGUUGCUCUGAGAUGAUCCCCGUUCACAAGACAUUUCUGCUGACGGGGCACAACAAUCUUUGCCGGGAGGUGGCGAAGUGGCAACUGGCCUUCCGUUUUCGGAUGGUCCGUCACUCGGUUUUGCGGGUCGCAUUGACCGGCUCACAGGAAAACUGUCGACGCACAUAUUACGGCCAACGAACUGCUGAAGCUUGUGCCGCUGCAAAUCCGCCUGUUGUGCUUUGAGAAAGGAUAAGACUCGCAAGGCUUCUUCGUGUGUGUAAAGGUCUCCAUUCGGAGCCGUCUUCGUGGCAAAUGGUUCAUCAGACUGAGAGGUAGCUCGAGGCAUCGCUGGCGUUUUGGGCAAGGUGGGUCCACCUUUCCAGCUCUUCUCCACCUCCAUGUUUCCGUGACAGUUAAUUGCCGGGGAGCCUGUUCGCGUCGUUUGGUAAAUUUGCUCAUCCCAGCAUUUCUGUUUUGCGUCAUCCAGCAGAAUCGGUGCUACCGAAUGUUGAUCUAGUCUUCUCGACGCGUGUCGCUGCAACUCUGUUUCACCUGUUGCUUGCCAUUGCAAGCGCGGGGACAUGUCGUCUCGGUUUCGAAUUGAGUCUUUUUGUCGACGUUCGGGGGUUCUGUUGACUUUUGUUUCUGCACCCUGUUUAUCGGCGAGAGUUGCUGGGAGCUGAAACUGCUUCCACGUCUGGUUAGGUGCCAACUCAGUCGUCACAUCGUAUCUAUCGCACGUGAGCUUGUCGGAGAGAGAAGUGUUCAGAUAUUUAUCCGUAGGGCAACCGGCGAAUGCAGCCGCUGUGAAUUCAUCGGUACAGGAAGAAGGGUAGUACCCCGUUGC